GGCAAUUAAUAGAAAACUGGCUCAUUCGGUAGUUGAAAGUCUUUGUAGUAGAAGGCUGAACGGCUGAAAUGGAUUUGCAAGCCGAAAGUUUACACACAUCCAAAACAGAAAAUUUAGGUUUAGCAAACAGCUCAAGAUGUUUAGAAAAGGAGACAGAUAUUGGCCAAGAUCGAAUGAAUAUGAACUGUGAUGAAAUGGCAGAGGAAGCUAAUGAAUUUCAGAGAAGGAGAAAAUUAAUAAUUGAAACGGCACGUAGGCAAUCAAUUGAAAUGGAAAAUAGUUGUUUUUGUAUUCCCAUCAAUACUUUGCAACAACCCGUACAACCCAUGGAAGAAGAUUACCCUUGUACCACCAUUGCCAGUAGUUCUGCUAUUCAACAAGAUGAAAGCUCAUCAAUUGAAAACUAUGCACCGGAAGAUAUAAAACUUUUGCGGAUUACUGAAGGCGAUGAGUCACAUGAAUCAACGACGACAUCAGAAGAAAUAAAGAAACCAAAUUCCAUUUUUGGCUUUAGGAAUGCUUUUGCUACACUGCGCAGAGCUUCAUUAAGAAAGAGAAAAACUGUGCAGCGUUCCCAAACCAACGCAAAAUCCCAGCCAAUUGUUGUACACAAUAGUCGCACUUCACUACCCAUCUGCCCCGCCAAUGAAAGUAAUGAAAAUAAAAAACUGAGUACUAAUGAAUCAACUCAGCCCAUAUUGGAAUCCAUUCUACCCGCUAUUCAACCUAUAUUAGAUGAAUUUAUUGAGACAGAAAAAGCCUAUGUGGAGAGUCUAUGUGGUGGCUUAAAUAACUACAGCGAUAUAUUUGAAAGGCUCGAUUUACCCCAAGAACUGAGGGGGAAAGAAUUUGAAUUGCUGGGUAAUAUAGAGCAAAUUAAGGAGCUCCAUCGUAGUCAUAUUCUGCCAAUGCUUGAAACCAACCGCCUAAAUGGGGAGCAAAUUUUCAAUGAAUUAUUGCAAUUAAUUAAGGAUAAUCAAUUUCAUAUUUAUGUUAUCUACACUAUAAACAAACGUAGGGGUAUGGAUUUGGUGGGCAAGCACAAAACAUAUUUUCAGAAAUUAGGUAAAGAAUUUGGAGAUCGUUUGGGUAUUGGCAGUUUUCUUUUGAAGCCAAUACAGAGAUUAGCCCGCUAUCCUUUGCUUAUAACACAAUGCAUUUCGACUCUUUUUAAAACUCAAAAUAGUCAAACCAAAGCCUUGCUCACUACCUGCUGUCGCUUAGAAACAAAGCUAAGGAAUCUCUUGACAACCAUUAAUGAAUCUGAAUGUGUUAAUGACAUAGAGGAUUGUGAAGAUAUAGAAAAUAUUUUAACUACCUUCCGUAGGGUGGGCAAAUUUGAAGUUCACGAUUAUGGCCGUUGGCGGAGUUACAAUGGCAAAGUUUUUCUGUUCGACAACUGUUUGAUUGUGACAAAAAUUGUGGAAAAAAUUUUGCACUUCAAACGAAAAUAUUACUGCGAUACAGUGAAAAUUGGCAUAAUUGAUAAUGGCUUCACUUUGUACACCGGUCCUCGAUAUGAAAACAAAUGCAAUUUUCUAGCCACAAAUGCAGAGCAAGUGGAAAUUUGGGUCAAAAUGCUGCACGAAGUCAUCACCACAGAUCGAAGUGGUGCGAGUGAUAUUGAAUCUAUGGGAACACUGGAUGAUAAAAGUGAACAAUACAUUCCCAUAGGCUACCAGAAGGUUAGUGAGUUUCGUAUUUUCGAUCAUACUAUGAAUCGAAAAUAUUUGGCGCGGGUGUUUCUAUUCCCCGAAUGCAUUACCUAUGCCGAGAGCAAACGUGAACGCCUAAUACUGCGUGGUACCUAUCCCUUCGAUCAUUUGGGCAUAUCGCCCACAGAUGAAUCCUUCACCUUGUUCUAUGAUCGCCGCCACCAGCAGGAGUGCGAUUUUAUGGGUAAACCGAAACUGAUCAAAGUCUGGAUGAAUUUGAUUCAUGAACAAAUUUCGCAACACUUCAGAAUGAAAAUGAUGCGUUUGGCUGAAAAUUCCAAAGAGUUGGAGCACAUCCUAGAGGCUAAUGAUGAAAUGGAACAGGAACAUAUUAUAUAACAGUUAUUAUAGAUCAUAGGUGUAAAGUAAAGAAAUCUAGUCAACAGUGGUAAAAAAAUGUUUACGAUGAGAUUUUAAACGCUGCAUUGGCAUUACCUUUUUUUAAAAUGAUCAAGAGUGUGCUUUUUUCAUUCAGUGUUUUGCAAAGUGAAAGCUUUUUUGCUGUUGUACAUGAAUUUUACAUUGAGAGUAACUGUUGUUCGAUAAUGUAAGCUGAUAAACUGUAAAUAAAUGUAAUUCUUUUUGUAAUGUUGUCAA